UAAAAUAUGCUUGGGUGCAUUUAAUACUCUUCCCCUCUCAAACUUGGGAACUCUCCUUUAAGUACUGAUUUACGAGAGCCAGCAAUUGAAACAGCGAACUCAUCACCAUCCUAAAGAGAAUAACCCAAUAAACUAGAGAGAAAGAGGAAGAGGAACACACGUACUGUUUUUUUUUUUCGUUGGUAUAUUUCGUUCUAUUGUAUUUUUUUCAUAGAAAUUGCAGGUUUUUGGAGUACUGGGGUGUCUGAUUUUAGAAACAAAAAUAAAUACACACAGGGAGUAAUCAAAUUUAUUAAUAUUAAAUUAAGGUUUCCUUCUUGCUAGAGUCCUGAGAUCUCUCUGGGGAUACUUGCUCUCUCUUCUGGUUUCUCUCUCUCUCUCUCUCUCUCUCUCUCUAUACAUAUAUAUAGACUCACACACACACAUGCCUAUGCGUAUAUGCAAGAGAGUUAUCUUUCUUUCUUGAAUCUUGAGAGAACCAAGACAACUACUUUGGUUCAGUACUAGUACUUCACUGAGGCAUCAAGAACUAUAAUGGAGGUCAACAUGAGCUUUUCAAAUGAUAUGGAUGAUGAAUAUGAGAAGCUCUUUAGGAGAUUGAAUCCACCGAGGGUUGUGAUUGAUAAUGAAGCUUGCAAGAAUGCUACUGUUAUAAGGGUUGACAGUGCUAACAAACAUGGAAAACUUCUUGAAGUUGUUCAAGUCCUCACUGAUCUGAACCUUAUCAUAACCAAAGCUUACGUAUCCUCUGAUGGUGGAUGGUUCAUGGAUGUUUUUAAUGUUACGGAUCAAGAUGGAAACAAGGUUACCGAUGAAGCAAUUCUAGAUUAUAUUACAAAGUCGUUAGGGACAGAAUCUUGCUUUACAUCUUCCAUGGGAUCUUUUGGGGUUAAACAAUCUAUAGAUCACACUGCAAUUGAGUUAACAGGAAGUGACAGACCAGGGCUGCUAUCUGAAGUGAGUGCUGUCCUCGCCCAUUUAAAAUGCAAUGUAUUGAAUGCAGAGGUCUGGACACACAAUAUGCGGGCAGCAGCCGUGAUGCAAGUAACUGAUGAUGAAACUGGGUCAGCAAUUACUGACCCGGAGAAGCUAUCGAGGGUCAAGGAACUUCUUUGUAAUGUACUGAAGGGCAGUAACAAAUAUAGGGGAGCUAGGACUGUCGUGUCUCAUGGGGUCACCCAUACUGAGAGAAGGCUUCACCAAAUGAUGUUUGCUGAUAGGGAUUAUGAACGAGCUAACAAUGAUGUAUUGGAUGAGAAGCAAAGACCUAAUGUGAGUGUGGUGAAUUGGUAUGAGAAGGACUACUCAGUGAUAACUAUAAGAAGUAAAGAUAGACCAAAGCUUCUCUUCGAUACGGUGUGCACAUUGACAGACAUGGAGUAUGUAGUUUUUCAUGCUAAUAUAGAUGCCGAGGGUCCAGAAGCUCAUCAGGAAUAUUAUAUCAAGCAUGUUGAUGGUUCCCCUGUAAAAUCAGAGGCAGAGAGACAAAGAAUUAUACAAUGUCUUGAAGCAGCUAUUGAAAGAAGAGUAUCUGAGGGCUUGAAGCUAGAGUUAUGCACUACGGACAGAAUUGGGCUGCUAUCUGAUGUUACUCGUAUCUUUCGUGAAAAUAGCCUUACUGUCACCAGAGCAGAAGUUACAACAAGAGCAGGCAAAGCUGUUAAUACAUUUUAUGUUAGUGAUGCAUCAGGGUAUCCUGUUGAUGCUAAAACCAUAGAUUCCAUCCGGCAAGCAACCGGCCAGACCAUACUGAAGGUGAAAGGCAGUCCUGAAGAGUUAAAACCGGUCUCUCAGGAAUCACCCACAAAGUUUCUCUUUGGAGGUCUCUUCAAAUCGAGAUCUUUUGUAAACUUUGGAUUGGUUAAGUCGUAUUCUUGAAUAAACUGUUAGUUCGCUCCCCAUGUAUAUUAAAACUGUCUGCUGGAAACACUCACUGUAGAUAGAUAACCAGUCCUUUUAGCAUACUGUGUGACUUGAGUUUAGGAACAAAGGCAUUUGUCGCAGAAGGUAGGGGCUGGAGAGUUCUGAGGAGAGUAGUUGAGAAUGCCUGUAAAUACGCCUAUUACCCCUUUCAUUGAGCUUCAACUGUUACUGUAGAUCCAAUUUGAUGUUGGAGCUAGGAAAGCAUUUAAUUACACCAAGGAAAUCUAACUCGUGCAGAUAAUUUCCAGUCUA